CGGCGGCAGCGACAAAGCACGACGGUGCAGCUGACAGCAGUGUUGGUGUGUGGUGAUUUGACGACCAGCCAGUAUCAUGUUCACGAGUAGCACUCAGCGAUCGAAAUGGAUCUUUCCAACCGAGAACCAAUUGUUGGAGAACCGCGCAAACGUGUAUGAGAAGAAGGUCGCCGCCGUCAAGGGCUUGGUGAGAUUGAAACCCAUUGAGGAUGACAGCGUAUACUUGUCUACACAGGAGGAGCAGCAGCUGAUCUUCACCUUCUGCAAACACAUCCAGACUAAGCUGCGAAGCCACGUCGCCACGUGCCCACACCGCGUAAUCGCAGCGGCAGUCUCGUUCUUCCGCCGGUACCACCUCACCAACACAGUCAUGGACUACCACCCAUCUUUCAUCGCCGCCAUGUCCGCAUUCAUAGCCUGCAAGGCGGAGGAGUACAACCUCACCGUCACGGAACUGGCGACGCUCUUCGGCACGGAGGCCGCGUUUAUGAAGCGCUUUGAGGUGAAGUUUUCCGCCCAGCUGCAGUUCCACUUCCUCGUCCACACGCCGUUCCGCCCCCUGCGCGGGUUUGUCAGCCACGCGCGCUCCUUGUUCGCAGAGGCGCUGCUCCGGCGGCAGACACCACGUGCUGGUGAUGGCGAUGGUGGCGCUGGCGAAGCAGCAGGUGGUGGCCGGGAUGUGUUUGCAGGCAGCAGCGAGAGCGCAGCAGCAUCAGACACCAAAAUCUCAUCAACAUCAGCAACCCCUGCCACUGCUGAAGAAGAUGCGGUGAAAGAGGCGAAAGCGAGGAAGGCAAGCGCGGGGCGAGGGGAGCACUUGACGCACGCGAGCAUACGCCAGCUGCAGGAGGAGGAAGAUGAUGAUGACGACGACGAUGAUGAUGAUGAUGAUGAUGAUGCUGAUGAGGGUGAGGGUGGCGAUGAUGCGGACAAGAAGGAAGCGACAAACAAGGCGGCACAGGGAGAAGGCAAGAGCAGUAAAGGCAGCGGCAAUGCUGAGGCCGAAUCUGCCCAACAGACAGCAGCACCAACAGCAGCAUCAGCAGCAGCAGCGGCAACAAGUGCACAGCACGAAGCAGCAGAGGCCAUGGGAGCGCCGCUAUCGCCUCUGGUGACGGCAAUUGAGGAGAUGGAUGAUGGCGUGGUGUCAGAGCUCGACACAGAUGCGUUCUGGGACGAUGUUCAUCUGCGCGCCAGCGACACGACGCUGCGAUGGUGGUUCACGGACGUCCAGUUUCUGUUUCCGCCCUCGCAGAUUGCGCUCGCUGUCUUUGUUGAUGAGCUGGAGAAGCGGACUGUUGAUCCACUUGCAUAUGUGCAGGCGCUGGUUGAGUCACGACCAGACGACCACCCGUCCACAGACACGAUGGCGGCGCGCUUGGAGGAAGUCAAACAGAUUGCCACGCGCGACCUGCAAACGCUUGAAAUUGAUGAUGCAACACAGAAGGCGCUGUUGGAUCGCUUGGAAAUGUGCAGAAACCCAUUCUUCAAUCCUGCAUCAGAGGAAUACAAGCGGAAACAGCAAGCACAGGAGAAGAAGCGAAGCAAGCGCAAAGCGGGUGGCCCAGAGGAGCCCAGCAAGCGCGCACACGUCACAAAGACAGAAGAGUAGAUGUGGUGCACAUGCGCGUGUGUGUGCUUGUAUCCGUAACCAAUAAACGCCAUGAUAUUGUCGUCGUGG